UCAAAUAGUCAAAAUGGUAGGCAAAACGGUUGUGUCUCCAAAACAGAUGGAAAUUCUUGUAUCGUUCAUGGAAGAGAACAAGGACUUUGGGAGAGGACAUGUCUUCAGCAAAGGGCCAUUGGCCAAGCAAAUAAUAGCCGCAAAGUGGGCCAAACUGACCGCUAGGCUCAACAGUGUUACUGGAGCUAAUAAGUCAGCUAGGAAGUGGAGAGAGUAUUGGAAUGAUAAAAAAUACUCUGUCAGGAAAAAAUCCCUGUCAAUAUCGGGCGGGAGUUCCAGCAAGAAGUCCCUGGAUGAAAUGGAUGUCCGGAUACUGAAUGUUGUGGGCAAAGUGGCGGUCUACUCCGAAGAGUCUGUGAGGAUACCCAACCCAUUUGAUGAUGAAACAGCUGUGGAAGAUGAACUCCCUGGUGACCCCUUGACCAGUUUAAAUGGAGUUGAUGUAGAUGGAACCACCAACUCAACAGUACCACCUUUGAAAAGACGUCGCUAUAUAAGAACUCGCAGAGGAAUAGUGGCGCCAGAUUGGGCUGUACAAAUAGAGACGAGACGCGUGCGCGCUGAGGAGCGCUCCGCGGCCGCCUUCGAAGCCCUAGCGGCCUCCGCUGGCGGCCUGGCCGACAGUCUGGUCGGCAUACGGCAUGAGCUGGCUCAAAUACGGACACUGCUCGAAACUAGGCAGAACAACAAUUAUUGAAAAUAGUGAAAAAGUGAAUAGUGUUGAAAAAAUUGUUAAUAUGGAAAGGUUGGAAAGAGAGACCAUAGGACUAACAAGAAUUAGUCAAAGUAAAACAGUUGAUGCUAGUUUCAAAACAGAUUGAGGUAAAAAAACCGGUCAAGUGCAAGUCAGAAUCGCGCACUGAUGGUUCCAUACUCGGGUAUUUUUUCCAACAUUUUGCAUGAUAAAUCAAAAACUAUUAUACAUAAAAAUAAAUAAAAAUCUGUUUUAGAAUGUACAAGUAAAGCCCUUUCAUAUGAUACCCCACUUGGUAUAGUUAUCUUCCUUUGAAAAUUGAAACACAUUUUAAGAUCAGAUUUCAGAUUUUUUUUGAAAUUUCUCCAUUGUAUAAAUGUAAAUAGGGCAGCCUCCAGCACAUUAGACCGACAAUUAAAGGCUGGCAGAAAGGCAGCUGGAUGAGAAAGACAGAGGACUGGGUGUGGUAGUGCUCUUUAGGGAAGGACUAUGUCCAACAGUGGACAUCCACAGUCUGAUAAUGAGAUGAUGAUAAAUGUAAAUAGGUUAAAUUUAAUCAAAUACCAGAUAGCAAUAAUUUAUAUUGUACAUAAAGGAUAAUAACUGUAUAAAUAAUUUAUUUUAGGUACACAUUAAUUUAUUAAUUAAGUGUCAUUAAUUUAUGGAAAUAAAACAGUUUG